CAGCGGCUGAGGGUGGCGUUCCUGGAGGCGCGCCUGGCGGCUGCGGCCGGCGGCGGCGCGGCGUGGGCGCGGCUGGGGAUGGACGGGGUGGCGCUGGAGCUGGGGGGCGAGAGGGGCGGCGCCGCGGCGGCGGUGACGGCGCACGAGCAGAG